AUGGAUUAUGUUCACAUUUCUGAUUCGGAUCUCAGGAUCUUGGACCUUUGGUCAUCUGGACAGUGGAACCUUGAGAAUAUCUAUUCUCCUCUGAAUCAAUCUCUGCAGAGCAACAUUAACUCUUACAACCCAGAUGUUCAAGCUGGUUCAGAGGUCGGUUGGUGUUGGACUGGUGCGAUUUCAAAGGUUUAUGAUGCUCAUAGUGGUUAUUUGUGGCUCAGUAAGAAGAUGUUUAGUUGGGAGGAUAGGGGUAAUUGGCUUUGGCUUUGGCGUCAACAUGUUCCGGAAAAGCACAAAUUUUUGGCCUGGCUAUGUCUUCGGGAGGCUCUUCCUACUGCUGCAUUUCGUUUUAGGAGGGGCAUUUCGCACACAGAUAGCUAUCCACGAUGUUUCUCAGGUCAGGAAUCGGUAUUACAUUGUAUUCGGGAUUGUCCAAAAGCCCAACUUGUUUGGCAAGCUUUAGGGAUCUCCGAUCAACCAGUGGAUUUGAUGAGUUGGUUCUUACAUAAUAGCAAACAGCGCCCCUUUAGAUUCUUUUCUGGUCUCUGGUGGAUUUGGCGUUCGAGGAAUAACGAGAUCUUUCAUCCUCACGACCAUUGGACCACAGACAAGGUGAUUGGUAUGGCUUUGUCCUUGGAAAAGGAGCUCCGAAAUAUUUUUGAGUUGCAACGACUGUCUAUCCCCUCAACCAUUAGUGGCUCUUGGAUUCCCCCCUCAGUAGGUACCUUUAAGAUUAAUUGUGAUGCUAGCUAUCCUAGCAGUGGUGCUCGAGUUGGUUUUGCUUGUGUUAGCAGAGAUUGGAAGGGAAGGUGGCAACGAGGCUGUCUGGGAACAAUUGAGAGUCGUAGCAUUUUGCAAGGAGAGUUGUUUGUUAUUUGGAGAGGCUUUCUUUUAGCAUGGGACUCGGGACAAAGAGACAUUAUAUGUGAGACAGAUUGUGUGGAGGCUUUUACUAUUGUCAAUAAUUUACAAGAUUGCUCUGGGUUUAUUGAUCCUUUGGUGUUAAAAAUUCGAGAUAUCAUGUCUUAG